AUGACGGGGGAAAAGACUAACGUGGCCCACCAGGUGGUUUACCGCCAAGUCUUGCCUUGCCUCGUCCUUCUGGGAGUCCUACUCAACAGCCUCUGUGUCCUCGUCCUGACCAGGCCUCGGGUUAGGUCAACUCAGGUCAGCAGGUACUUCCUCGUGCUGGUGGUGUCUGACUUGUUGGUGUGUUUCUUCUAUAUCCCCAUCAUCACCACCAUCAACGGCUGCACCUUCUCCUCCGACGCCGAGGCCUUCUACUUCGCCCACUUCGGCUGGACCUUAGUCUUAUUAAGUCAAUCGGUCGGCACCUACACCAUCCUGUGGCUCGCCCUCGACCGCUUCAUGGCAGUGUGGACGCCCCUGCUUUACCCGAGGGUACAGAAGAAGCCAAACUUUAUGUUGGUGAGGAUGGUGGUAACGGUGGUGGCGUGCAUCAUGAUCCACCUGAUGUAUAUUGUUAGAGGUGAGGUCAUCUGCUCCACCAAUACCAUCACCUGUUCUAACGACACCUCGAAUACCACUGAUUGUUAUAACUCUUCAUUACACAGAAACAAUUAUACCAACAACAACUGGGUUGUGUCAAGUGGGUUCCAACAUGACUACUCAGAGUAUUGGCACAAAGUCUACCGCAACUUCUACUCGUUGAUGGUGAUGUGUCUGCCCAGCUGCCUCAUGGCGGUCUUCAACAUAGGUCUGGUGGUCGGAGUGAUGGACGGCCGUGUCAGAUUGCCUGCUGCUACUCAGGGAGAAGCGAGGAGGGAUGAGAGGGCCCUGGUCACCACCAUGAUCGCCAUGACUGCUUCCUAUGUCUUAUUAAUCCUCCCCAUCACCGUGUACCUGAUAAGCUAUGCCAAACCUCUCCACAACCGCUGCCACUGUGACUACUCAUACGAGCUCUUCCGUCACCUGGGAAACUGUCUCCAGUUACUCGAACACGUCAUUCAUAUAGUGUUUCUGACGGCACUUAACCGUGAGUUCAGGCAGGAACUCAAAAUUAUUUUUUGGGGUAAAAAGGAAGAGGGGGACCAGAGUCAGAGAGAGGGCGAAGAUGCUGGUGUUGACACCCACGGAGAAAAACCACAGCGGCAA